GCGCGAUAACAGCGAAUGGUGGCCACUGGCUAGGAUACGUUCAUGACAUUGAUGGUCCUGACUUCUUGGUGAACUUCGAUGCCAGCAGCAUCAGUGCCCAAUGGAUUCACUCCCGCCGCCUGUGGCCGCAUCAUUUUAUCUCCCCUGAGCUUCUGCCUGAAGGCACAUCAGUCACGUAGCGCUGCAGCGGACCCAUGCUGAUCCGAUGAUUUUCCGGCCGGGUACCUUGGUGCAAGAUGAUAGCAGUGAUCCAUUUUACUUUGUCUGUCUGAAUAGUGCCAGUCACAACGGGACAGAACGGGAGCUCAUUGUACAUCGGAAUCAGUGCGUUAAAGAACUGCCGUUGCCAGAUGAUGGAAAGAGUUUCUUCGAACGCACUACAGGAUUUCUGUUCAGGAAACGCGUCAUCCCCUUUCCCCAAGCGCAGCUAUUGCCUGAUGUUGAUUUCAUUCCGACGUUACUGGUCGGCACACAUCGAUUAGUGCGGGGCAGCGACGAUGCUGUAUGUGAUGCCAACUGUAUCGUUAGGCGUGACGUUUGGGUGGACGAGAUAGAGUACGGUUGCUAUUCCCACCAUAAAUAUUGUUCUGUCGAUAUGGGUGUUCGAAUGUUCGUGCGAGUUGGAACUGAUGCGGUCACUUUCAUCUGUGCGGAGAUGCAGGGUGCCGAAGGGGGUUGCAGUAUGUUUUGGGAGGAAUGUAGCCUGAAGAAAGCUUGCGAUGACUAUCUUCUGGAUAAACUAACAGCAUGGCCAAUGGUUAUCGACUCGGCAGAAUGCGAUACGCUCCCGAAUGAUCUGGAGGAAAUGUCCAUUAUCGAAGUUUUGCAUCCGAUUUUGGCUUCUGUACUGUCUUAUUUGGAUGUGGAUUCCCAGUUGCGAAUGGGCAGGGUUUGUGCGCUGUGGAGAUCGAUAUCCUGCCGGCACGCGAACCACCGGAACAUCUUGUUUGAUCUCUGUACAGCGUGCAAGCAAAGGCAGUAUGAUUUGUCCCAAGAGUAUGAUGAUUGUGCCGUUCGGACAGAAGGAUAUUCAGACUACCUCAAUUAUAAACUAAUGACCACCCUGGACCGCGUAGUUCCUGGGCGUACGCGGAUGCUGGCGCUGUCGGAGGAUGGGGAUCAUUUUCACGCCGGCUUUGAUCUGGCGGCAAGAAUGAGAACGAUCAGAACCGUACUAACCAGCAAUGGGGUCCGUCUGUAG